GUUCUGUUUGAUCAGCUCUCAAGUUUGACAUGGUACGCUUAUAAAACAUCUCUUAACCUUAAUACUCUUAGUUAUGUAAAUAGAAAACAAAUGAAACAUUUUUGAUAAAAGACAAGAUUAAACUAGUGUUACGGAUAAUACUGUUGGACGUUGUAUGUCACAGAAAUCUAUAAAUGAAUUACGUAUUAGUUAUCCAUUUUAAAACAUGUUAACCCCCCAAAAAGAGGACUUGUAUAACUAAUAAAAUAAUACAUUCGGAAUAAUAUUAUAUUUGGAUAUAUAUUUUUGCGCCAUACGGUUACUUCAAUAAAUAAAUCAAACACAUGUAAAAUAGAACUGGAAAUAAAAUAAUGAAAACAAUGUUCAAGCUGACAAGUGAAAAUUACCAAACAGCCAUGUCUCCAAACUUGUUGUAAAUGUGUCCAUCGAAUUAUUUUUCCAAAAUGGAUUUCAAAUUUAGGAGAACAUCAGUCCGUAUUUUGGUUCUGUGCGUUAUUUAUACCACAGGGAUCCUGCAUUUAAUUCGUUAUUUCAAAGGAUGGUCGAGAAUUCAGAAAUCUCGACAUGAUGACAUUUCUAAAGCUGAUAAUCAAAAUCGAGUGGCUGAAGCAAAGUCAGUGUUAUCCGAUAUAAACACUCUAUACAAAAAGGAAAACCGUACUGGAAUGAAUAAGUUUUCAGAAAACAACGAGUCAGCAUGUUUACUUUCUAUUAGUAUAAUAACUUUAUCACGAGAGAACAAUCUUACAGAGUCCGAACAACCUCAUUACCUCUUGCAAACAGUUGCAGCUUUAAUCAAACUUAUCAAUAGAUUAGAUCAAAACUAUUUCGAGAUAUAUCUAAGUAUUUGCAAUGUGGACCUUAACCCGAAAACAUAUGUUGAUAUGAAUUAUAUUCCAGAAUGGAUUACAAUUUUUCAACGGGAUAAAGAAAAGCGAGAAAGUUUUAAAAACCGGUACGAGAAAGAGCGUGAAGAUUACGUGUUUUGUAUGAAAAAGGUUUUGGAACAUAAUCCGUCAUUUUUAUUAAUCCUAGAAGAUGAUGCAUUGCCUCAUCAAGACUUGUUUAACGUAAUGAAAAAAGAACUGUUUGAAAAUGAUCAAUGCGAACUGAAGAAAGACAAAUUUAAAGACCUGUUUUACGUUAAACUUCAUACAAAUUCAUGGGACUUGAAUUUUGUUAGAUUAUGGCGCUGGACAAAAUUCUUAUUCUUUACAGGUUUUGAUCUAGGAAAAGUGUUUGAACUUAUGAUAAUAUCAUUGUUCCUGGACGUGUUAAUUAUAGUAUUGUUAAAGAAAUAUUCAAAACUGCGACUAUUAUAUCAUAUGUUUUUUAUACUUUUCAUUUAUGUUGCAUGGAUUCUCAAUAUUAUAGGACGUCAAAAUAUAAGUAUUGUACGGAGAUAUAUUUUAGGAAUAACUCAUGAAAUGUCUGAUGCUACUGGUGGAAGCUUAGUAGCUACGUUCUAUCCACGUGCUAGUGCUGAGGCGACUGUUCAAUAUCUUAAUUCAGUUGAAUGUGACAAAAGUUAUCCAAAAGAUGUAGCUUUGAAUAGGUUGGCCAGAAAACAUUGGCAACAAUUACUUUUAAUUGAACCACCCUUAUUUACUCAUAUAGGAUACCAUUCGACUAAAAAUCAUGCAACAUACUAAUUGCAAGUGUGUUUUCACGUUUCAGUAUUAAAGAAGCGAAAAGUCAACACGAGAAUAUUUGAUUGAUAUUGGAAAAGAACAAUAUAAGACAAACAAAGUUUCCAAUGUGAAUGGUUUUUAUAUGCACUAUGCAGUAAUUUCUAUGCAGUAAAUCAAUACUAUUUUAUUCUAUUUAGAAACAAUCUGCAGUACAGUUCAGUUAAGAUAAAAUAAACAUUUUAAAAUUGCAUAAAUUAGUAUUUUUCUUACUAUAACAAAAAUGAUUAUGAUACAAAUAACAAAGAAAUAUUACACAAAAGAAAAUUCAUAAUGGCAUAUUUCACAAAAGCAAUAAUAAGUGAUGAUGUAUUUAUCUUAUAAUACACGUAUUUGUCAAUGUUCAUAUAAAUGAUUCUGUACUGUGUCAACCAAGUCAAGUCAAGUCAAAUAGUUUAUUGGCAUAAACAUUUUACACGUUCAUCGCCAAGUUAUAUGAAUGGCGGUUUAUAAUUUAACAUAAAACAUUGCAUAUACAAUUACAAAUUUUGUAAUAAAUACAUGUACAAAACAUACAUAAUAUUUAAGUACAGAAAAGUAUGGUGAUGGAUUUAACAUAGCUAUAUAAUUACAGGCAAAUAACAGUGAAACACAAAGAACAACAUUGAUUUUCAAAUUAAUAUUGUUUGUAAAUAAAGAAAAAAAAUAUUAACAGAAAACUAGACAGUAUUUCUUUUUUCAAAUGAUAAGUGAAUAUAUUUAGCUAAUUUUAUAAUAACGUUUUUAGAAGAAGCAGUCAUUAUACUUUUAAAUUUGUUUAUAUUUGGCCAAGUAUAAUAGUAUCUUGGUAAAUAAAGUGCUCUUAAAUCAGAAUAAUAUGGACAUAUCAAUAACAGAUGAUACUCAUUUUCAACCACUUUCAUAUUACA